UCAAACAUAAAGGAUCAUUUUCUCUCCCAAGCACACACUUACUACUUCAGUUAAGCAUCACUCAACUGACCAUUCCACUCUACACAGUAUCCAUUAGCCAUAGCCUCUCUUUCACUCUUCCAAAGAAAAAUGAAGCUCCAAAAUGCAGCCACAAUGGCCAUUUUUCUUGCAGUCAUUUUUCCAUAUUGUUCCUCUCAGAUCAGUAAAAUCAAACCAUCCGCUAAAGGUGACGCCCCAGCACCAGCAAUGAGCUUCACAUCUAUAAUGUCAGCUCACGGAUGCAAAAAUUUCGCGGAUAUACUCUUAGCUUCCCCAGCUGAAAAAACAUUCGAAGAUAAUCUCCAAGGUGGUGUAACGAUAUUUUGCCCAACCGACGAUGCAAUAAAAGCAUUUGCGCCAAAAUUCAAGAACUUAACUGCUGAAGGAAAACAAUCCGUUCUUGAAUAUCAUGGGGUUCCAGUGUACAAUUCUUUAUCGAGUUUGAGAACAAGUAAUGGUAUGAUGAACACGUUAGCUACUGAUGGAGCUAAUAAUUACGAUUUCGUUGUUCAAAAUGACGGUCAGGAUGUGACGUUGAAGACUAAAAUAGUGACUGCGAGGGUUACAGGGACCGUAGUUGAUAAAGAGCCAUUAGCUAUUUUUUCUAUUGAUACUGUUUUAGAACCUACUGAAUUAUUUAAAGGUGCACCGACACCUGCACCAGCACCAGCACCUGCUCCUACACCUGAGGCUGAUGCGGAGAGUCCUAAACCGGCCGGGAAGAAACAUAAGUCCCCCCCGGCCCCGGCUUCCCCGGCGGAUUCUCCAGCAGGUGGGCCCACAGAUAAAGUGGCCGAUUCAAAGGCGGAUGAUAAGAAUGGUGGAUUUAGAUACAAUGCGGGUGCAAUGGUGGUCCCUGUUUUGUUCGUUUGGUUUGGAAAUUUAUUGCUGUAAUUUUAUCUUUUCUAGUUUUUUUUUUUUUUUUUAAGGAACAGAUUUGCUGUGAUGUUUUGGAUCUGAAAUAAGAUUGGCCUAUAUAAGAUGGCUCUCGAAUUGUAAUUUGUACUUGUAGCAGUAGGAUUUUUUUUUACCAGGUUUUGUGAGUUUUUUUUUUUUUUUUUUUAAAUCACUUUGUUGCUGUAAUUUUGUCUUUUCUGGUUUUUUUUUUUUUUUUUUCCUUUCUUUAUAACAGAUUUGCUGUUUAUGUCUUAGAUCUGAAAUAAGAUUGGCAAAUGUACGAUGGCUCUUGAAUUGUAA